AUGAGAGCGAAAGCUUGCACCAAAUGCCGGCAAUGGAAAGCCCGGUGCGAGUACGACGAGGAUGAUUCCGCCGGCUGCUCACGUUGUCGGGCCCUCAAGCUGCCCUGCGUAUUCGACGCGUCCUUCAAGCGCACCUCGAGGGCGAAAUCGCUCCGCAUGAUGUCAUCUAAGAUUGAAGAGUUACAGCAGGCUCUGCGGGAGAAAUCCCCCAGCAAUGGGUCCUCGAGUCAGACACGAGAGCAUAACGAGACACUACCGCUGAACAAUUGGUCACCACAAUUACAUAGUAUUGUCGACACGAUCACGAUUACACAGCCUCCUAUGGAUCUUGCACCGAUCCUGCCGGCGCCCUCUAUCAGCUCGGCGGGGGCAUCGUCCGCAGGAUAUCGCUCUCUUGGAAAUGUCUCUCUGACACAUGGCCAGAUCAACGAGCACUUCAAGACAUAUUUUGCCCGAUGUCACCAGUAUCUGCCCUUCAAGAUGACAACACACUCACCAGACGCCAUCUACACGAAGAGCCCAUUAUUGUUCUGGGUCAUCUGCACGACUGCGGCAAGCUGGAGACUCCGCUGCCAAUUUGCCCCAUCGGUCAAAGCAAUGCUUGCAGAUUCCAUCUAUUCAUUUCCUCGCUCUGUUGAACAAGUCCAAGCCCUCCUCAUCAUGUCCAUGUGGCCAUUCCCCGUCUCAUCGAUGAUGGAAGACGUAUCUCAUUACUAUUGCUGUCUGGCUACCCAGAUGGCUCUCCACCUAGGAUUACACCGUCCGACACAGGCACACUUACACGAACACGGAAUGGAAGAGCGAGAAAAUGCUCGAGCUGUCAGCGAAGAAGUCAAGACCACGACAUGGCUUUCCUGCUUUAUCGUCAACCUGAAACUCUCGGCCAUUCGGGGGUUACCUCCAUCAAUUCCCAUCGAUGCUCACUUGAUCAAGGCAUUUGAGACGAGAUCAAUCAAUGUAAGGCUCUCGCAGCUCUGCCGUAUUUUUCAUGCCUUGAUGCAAGCAAACCUCGCCAUCAGUGCCAAUGGCUCAACUCCUUCCGGCAUGUUGGAACCUGAACAGCGGUUGAGCACGAUCAAGAGCUGGGCGGAACACUUUUCAGUCCUUGAACACCAGCAUCUCGGGGAUAUGGACAACGUUGUCAAGAUCGCCUUUCUGAGCUCGAGGUUACAGCUCUGGUCGUUUGCUCUUCUCGACGACAUGACUGUUUCAUCAUCGCUCAUGGCAUUCAUCGACAACGCAAGACGAGAUGCCAGCGAUCUGAUUGAAUCAUGUUACAGCCAAAACUUAUCGAUUGUGCCCGCAUGCGUACGCUACGAUAUAUGUUACAGUGCAUUUAUCUUGAUCAAGAUCCUCCGGUCCGGCUACAGUUCCGAGUCGGAAGUCCUUCAGGACGACGUUGAACGAGUGCGCCAGGCACUCAGUACCACAUCAGGAACACCCGAUGACACUCACCAUAAGGUGUGCGAUACACUUCGAAGGCUUCUCUAUAUCGAAGACAAAAAGCUUUCCCCACCAAUCUAUACAAGAAUGGGUGCUUCAGUAGUUUACGAUCUACUACGAAUCCACGCGGAAGAUAAAUAUUGUACCGCACAGAACCAUGGCGCCGAGAAUCCGAUCAUCGAUCUUGAAGGUCUUGACUGGAACUUCCUGGAUAUGUUGGGAUAA